AUGGGCGACCGCGAUAAAACUAUGUACGGUUCCACACUUUCGCUCGAAUCGAUGAAGGUUAUUGCGGAGAGCAUCGGCGUCGGUAGCCUGCCGGAUGAUGCAGCCAAAGAACUGGCGGACGAUGUAUCCUUCAAGCUGAAGCAGAUUGUGCAGGACGCCGUCAAGUUUAUGCAUCACUCGAAGCGCAUGAAGCUAUCCAUCGCCGACAUUGACCAUUCGCUGAAGGUACGAAACAUCGAGCCACAGUACGGCUUUGUGGCACGUGAUUUCAUUCCCUUCCGCUUCGCUUCUGGCGGUGGACGGGAGUUGCAUUUCAUCGAGGAGAAGGAAGUCGACUUGACGGAGGUGGUGCAGGGCCAGUCGCCCAAGAUUCCGCUCGAAGCGUCGCUACGUGCUCACUGGCUGGCGGUGGAAGGCGUGCAACCGACCGUGCCGGAGAAUCCACCCCCAUUGUCCAAGGAUGUGCAAGCACUGGAUUCGGUCAAUCCUGCUCAUAAGCUGGACAAAACAAACCUGAAGGAUACGACCGGCAAACCGACCAUUAACAAGCACAAGUUAAAGAACUCGGAAACGGUGCAGGUGAAGCAGCUGGCCCAACACGAACUUUCCGUCGAGCAGCAGCUCUACUACAAGGAAAUCACGGAAGCCUGUGUCGGAUCGGAUGAGGCACGACGGGCCGAAGCACUGACAUCGCUGUCCAGCGAUCCGGGUCUGCACGAAAUGCUUCCGCGAAUGUGUACAUUUAUCGCGGAAGGCGUAAAGGUGAACGUGGUCCAAAACAAUCUCGCCCUGUUAAUCUAUCUAAUGCGAAUGGUUCGCGCCCUGCUGGACAAUCCUGCCCUCUAUCUAGAGAAAUAUCUCCACGAACUCAUUCCCUGUGUUUCAACGUGCAUCGUAUCGCGGCAGCUUUGUAUGCGACCGGAACUGGACAAUCACUGGGCGUUGCGUGACUUCGCCGCCCGGCUAAUGGCACAGAUCUGUAAAACGUUCAACACAUCCACAAACAAUCUGCAAACGCGCGUGACGCGACUGUUCAGUGCCGCACUGCAAAACGACAAGACACCACUAUCGUCGAUGUAUGGAGCCCUGCAGGGGUUGUCCGAGCUGGGGACGGAAGUUACCAAGGUGUUCAUCAUACCGCGACUCAAAUUUAUCUCCGAGCGCGUUGAACCACUGCUUCAAGGUAUUACUAGCAACAUUAGCAACACGGACAAGAUUGCCGCUGGUCACAUUCGGACAAUGCUGCUGAAGGGCGUACCACCCAUACUGAAAACGCUCCGCAAUCCCCCCGAUUUGGUAGAAGAUUAUAAGCGAGAUUACGGGUGCUUGGGACAAACGCUACACCAGGCGGUGGUUAAGGCCCGUUCUGCUUCACCCUCAUCGGGAGCACCCGGAUCGGGUGGUCCAUCUGGGACAAGUUCUGCACCAUCGGUUACUACCUCUAUUACUGUGAGUACUAGCAGCAACAGUAGCAACACGAUAGUCCUAUCGGCGGCACCACCAUCGCGACCCCACACACCCCAGUCGUCCACCAUAGCCAAAACGAUGGCAGCAACAGCUUCAAUACAGCGACCAGCAACAGCAACGGGUGGGUCCGGUAUGGCGCAAGUGCAAUCACAGCAAAAGUUUGUUAUAGUACCGCAACGAACGCAAACACCUUCUCCUUCGCAAGACGAUUUUGUAGGUCCCAUCAUUCAGCGACAGAGCAGCGUAUCCAGCGGUACGCCCAUAGCAACGACCGGUACCGCUGUACAAUUGCAAUCGAGCAUGAUCAAGCUGGAAUCGGGAACGCUUGCAACGGGACCGAAUGUGCCAUCAGCGAGUGGUACGGCAAUUGGCCAGAAGGUGGUCAUCAUAAAUCAAUCCCAAACCGGACCGGCGGCCAAUAUAAUUGCCAAACCAACGGCUUACAUACCUACCGGCACUGGUGGUAACAUGCAGGAGGUACAGGACGAUAUCAUUCAAGUUCCUCCCGAACUAGACGACCUAUCGCAUUUAGAAUAA